CUCUCUGUAUAUUCCUGCCAUUUAUUAAUCAGUAACCUGUGUUUUGAGACUAACCAUAGUUUCAAAGUCCCUUUAUAUUCCUGAUAAGAUGUAGUGCCUCCUCUCCCCUCUUUGCUGUGCGACCACAUGCACAGAGCCAACCUGCCUCAGUCACUGGUGUUUCUGGCCAGUUGUCGAGUUCUAAUCUCAGCCGCUUUAAAAGUUUUUCUCGCUUGUUGACCCCCUGGAUAAUGGAGAAAAAGAGGCGGGAUAUCUUGGAGCGACUAAAUGCUGGGGAGGUGGUUGUAGGUGAUGGAGGUUACGUGAUGCAGCUAGAGCGCCGUGGCUAUGUGAAGGCUGGACACUGGACACCUGAGGCGGCUGUAGAACAUCCUGAAGCAGUGAGGCAGCUGCACAGGGAGUUCCUGAGAGCAGGAGCCAAUGUGAUUCAGACUUUCACCUUCUACUGCAGCGAGGACAAACUGGAGAUCAGCGGUAAUGUCCCCAACAUUACCGGGGCUCAGAUCAACGAGGCAGCUUGUGACCUGGCCAGGGAGGUAGCCAAUGAGGGAGAGGCGUUGGUCGCUGGGUGUGUUUCUCAGACUCCCUGUUAUGUGGAUACUCACAAUGAGAGGGAGGUCAAGGCCAUCUUUAAGAAACAGAUGGACGACUUCCUCAAAAAGGAGAUCGAUUUCUUUAUUGCAGAGUUCUUUGAACACGUGGAGGAAGCAGUGUGGGCAGUGGAGGUGCUGAAGACCAGUGGUAAACCAGUGGGUGCAACACUGUGCAUCUCCCCCGAGGGAGACAUGCACGGAGUCCCAGCUGGAGAGGGUGCUGUCAGACUGGUCAAAGCCGGAGCUGACAUUGUUGGAAUAAAUUGCCAUUUGGAUUCUCUGACGUGUGUUCGCACGGUGAAGUUGAUGAAAGCAGGAUUAGAGAAAGCUGGUCUCAAAGCUCAUCUCAUGAUCCAGCCUCUGGGCUUUCACACACCUGAGUGCAACCACAGUGGAUAUCUCACGCUACCCGAGUUCCCAUUCGCAUUGGAGACCCGAGCAAUGACCCGCUGGGACGUCCAUCAGUACGCCAGAGAGGCUUACAAUGCUGGUAUUCGCUACAUUGGUGGCUGCUGUGGAUUUGAGGCCUACCAUAUCAGAGCUAUAGCAGAGGAGAUGGCUGCAGAGAGAGGAUUCCUCCCACCGGCCUCAGAGAAGCACGGCCUGUGGGGAGCUGCUCUGGAGAUGCACACGAAACCGUGGGUCAGAGCCAGGUCUCGCCGUGAGUACUGGGAAAAGCUUUUACCUGCUUCUGGACGCCCCAAAUGCCCCUCCAUGGCUACACUAGAUGAUGAAUAAUAAGGCUCAUCAAUAGCAGGCAUUACAUAUAGAUAUAUAGAUCUAUAGAUCAACUCAAGCAAGUUGCUCUGCUCUGCUGCAAUACUCUGUGUCAUAAUUACAAUCUUGAUGAAUUUGUUAUGACUGGCCAGAUAAAAACUGAUCUACUGAAAUAUUAAUAUUUUACAUAAAGACAAAGCCUGA